UCUUUCUCUUUAUUGGCAUCACUCAGGACUGUAAAGCUGUAGCUACUAUUACUGUUAACUCUACUCUAUUGUCUUGUGGACUCUUGGAUAUUAUUACAUUCUACGUCUUCAGAGAUACUCUAUCAGAGAAUAACUAUGGCUCUAUCACUGAACUCCAUCCUGGCUCUCACCAUCAUCACACUCUGUGUGCUCCUGCAGGAGGGUUUUGGGCUCCCUGUAUCCAGCCAGCCUGAGCUCCCUGCCCAGUCCCCAUCCCAGAACAGCCCACACCACACCAGGGUUAAACGAUGCUCCUGCAGUAACUGGCUGGACAACGAAUGCAUCUACUUCUGUCACCUGGACAUCAUUUGGGUCAACACUCCCAAUAAGAUCAUCCCCUACGGUCUUGGCAGCCCCUUGUCCCGACGUCGCCGCUCUACCGGGCGAUGUGAAUGUGCCCACCCAGCCGACAGGACCUGCUCCAGAUUCUGCCACAACAGCUCAGAGAACCCCAGAUUCGUAGUGGUAGGCCCCUCAGACCAGACCCUGGACCAGACUGUUAGCAGUCCAGACACAACCAGCAACGACCUAUUGACCUCUCUCAGAAACAUGGUCCAAUCCAACAUGGCUGCCAUAGAGAAGGGUGCUCCCUCCAGGAAGAAGAACGCCUCCAGAGCCAACAGACUGAACAUCAGGUAGAUGAGGAGGAGGUAGGAAGAGGAGCUUGAAUAGCUCCAGAGCAUCCGAACAAAGACCGCCUGGAGGAGAUUAGGGAGUCCUCCCCAGGGAAGACAGAGAGGUCCUGAGAGGAGAGGCCCUGAGAAGAGGGCAAAGAUGGAACACUGCCCACUGGCUGCCCGCUGAUUGUUGUAUACCACACAGUGGACUGGAUAUGGACAUUAUCUGGAUAUGAGUCUUGGACUAAUCUAGCUAAGAGUCUGGCUUAGAAGACUAGGGAGGUUUAUGUGUGUCCUCUGUGAACUAUGACAGUCUGGACUAGAAUGGUUACUGACUGUUUGCUGGGCAUGGGUUGUCAUCAUGUCCCAAACAUAAAUACACGUUAUGUGUCUGAGCACCUGAAAUGGGUGGAUGCAAGCCAAGGCAUUCUGGAGGGAUCUUAGCCUAUGUUCAGUUUACAGGCUUACUUCAUUAGUGCCUUGGAAAUAUUGACCACUAUUCUCAUUUUGAUUUUGAUCCUUACUUUACCUGUCGCAAGACAUGUACUAUAUCAUAAAAACAUAUUUUUUAAUCCUCUGUAUCAGAGAUUAAUUGCCAGUUUAUAGUGAUUGCCAUGCAUGCAUUUAAAUUACUUGAAAUAUUUUUGGCACAUGAAGGACAUUACUUUAAGGGACAGGGAAUUACUACAAACACAGCCUUCCUGAAGCAGCAGAUAAAAGCAGGUCUAUUGUCAUGACGGAAGUAUUUAUUGCAUAGCCACUGUUGAUUGUUUUGAUUGUAGACAGAGUGAAGGCAGCAGGUUUCAAUGGGUCUGCUCCUUGCCAAAUGUGCAGUGAUUGUUUUUCUGCUUUCAACAAAUGUCCAUUAAUGUCCAUGUUAAUACCCGUUAGGAAAUUAUGGCACUGCACUUUUGUUCUAAUGCCUUCAAAGGAAUGUGUUUUAAUGUCCAGUACACUUUAGAUGACUUGGGCUGAUAGCUGUACGCCAGCCACUGUCUGGCCAUAAGGCAUUUACUGUAAACACUACAUCAAAAAACAAGUCUUCCACUGAUGUUCAAGUCCAAUAUUACAAUGCUGUAUAUUUAUGAUAUUAUUAUUUAUGUAUUUGUUUGUGUGUUGUUUAGGAAUUUGUGUAUCAAAAUGCUGGACUGUGCUUUUGUUUUAUGAACUGUUGUUAUCUCUAGAAGGACAAUUCACCCUCAAUAGUCUAUUUAGCAGUCAAGGACACUAUAGGAAGUUGAAAGAAAUGUUUACUCAUAAAAUGUGUUGUUAUCUACUGUACAAAACUCUGAAAUUAUUUAUUUAACUUAUUUGUGGGAUAUAUUUAUAUAUUUGUGUUGUGUGAGUUUACCACUUUUA